AUGGCCCCUCCUGUCAGCUCCAACUUCGAGACUCUCCAGCUCCAUGCGGGCCAGGAGCCAGACUCUGCAACCAAUGCUCGAGCCGUCCCGAUCUAUGCCACCACCAGCUUCACCUUCAAUGACUCCGCCCAUGGCGCGAGACUCUUCGGAUUGAAGGAGUUUGGCAACAUCUACAGCCGUAUUAUGAACCCUACUGUCGAUGUCUUCGAGAAACGUUUGGCAGCCCUUGAGGGCGGUGUCGCUGCCGUGGCAGCAAGCUCCGGCCAGGCAGCCCAAUUCAUGGCUAUUGCCGCACUUGCCCAUGCCGGCGAUAACAUCGUAUCGACCACCAACCUGUAUGGCGGAUCCUAUAACCAAUUGAAGGUGUUCCUCCCACGAUUGGGCAUCCAGACCAAGUUUGUCACCGGCGAUAACCCGGAAGAUUUCGGUGCCGCAAUCGAUGAGAAUACCAAGGCCGUCUACAUUGAGAGCAUUGGAAAUCCAAAGUAUAACGUUCCGGACUUCGAGGCAAUUGCCAAGGUUGCUCACGAGCAUGGUGUCCCCGUUAUCGUCGACAACACCUUUGGUGCUGGUGGCUACUUCAUCCGUCCGAUCGAGCAUGGCGCAGAUAUUGUCGUCCAUUCAGCUACCAAAUGGAUUGGUGGACACGGCACAACAAUCGGAGGCGUGGUCAUUGAUUCAGGAAAGUUCGACUGGGGCAAGAAUGGCAAGCGUUUCCCCGAAAUGGUGGAGCCAUCUCCUGGAUACCACGGGCUGAAGUUCUGGGAGACCUUUGGUCCUAUCACUUUUGCCAUUAGACUCCGUGUUGAGAUCCUCCGUGAUUUGGGAAGCGCUCUGAAUCCAUUUGCCGCCUUCCAGUUGAUCCAGGGUAUUGAGACUUUGAGUCUGCGUGCUGAGCGCCAUGCUCAGAAUGCUCUGGCUGUGGCUAGAUGGCUCGAGGCAAGCCCACAUGUCGCGUGGGUUUCGUACCCAGGUCUGGAGAGCCAUCCAUCGCACGAGUUGGCAAAGAAAUACCUGAAGCGGGGAUUUGGAGGCGUGUUGAGCUUCGGUGUAAAGGGUGGUGGCGCUGGUAGUCAAGUGGUUGAUGGGUUCAAGCUGAUCUCCAACUUGGCGAACGUUGGAGAUGCGAAGACUCUUGCAAUUCACCCCUGGUCUACUACCCAUGAACAAUUAACAGAAUCUGAGCGGUUAACUUCCGGCGUGACUGAGGAUCUUAUCCGCAUCUCCGUGGGCACCGAACAUAUUGACGAUAUCAUUGCCGACUUUCAGCAAUCCUUCGAGGCGGCCAAGGCGGCCGCAACAACAGGAGGGGAGGGUGAAAAUGCUCUGAAAACAGGCAGCGCCGAUGCUGACGCCAAGAUGGUAGUUUAG